AUGGGGAUGGAACGUCGUGUUGCGGAGGCAAUAGAGAGGGAAGAUAGAGUCUUUAUUCGAUUUCCACGAAAGAAGAGAACCUUGAGGAUUCUUGUCUCUUAUCUCGAGAUAGAGAGUUUUGCGACCGAAGAAGACCCUCAUAAAGCCGAUACUUUUGACGUCCCAUGCACGGAAUCUUCAUCAAACCCCACCGGAAACAUCAAGAGAUGUUCUCUUGGGCUUCCUCCUGCCACGGGACAACAACCUAAAAAAAGAAGACGCAUGGCCAACGGUCGUUUUGAAGCGGAAGCCUCUUCUUCUGGGACGAGAGACCCGACGCCGGAGUGGCUGGUGCAGUUGAUGAGGGACAAGAAGGGCAAAGAUCCAAGAUGUAUCAUAAAGAAGGCUUUGGUAGAAACCGAUGUCCUUCCACACUUCCGUCGUCUCUCCAUGCCUUUCAGCAAGAUAGAGGAUCUUGAAUUCUUGACACCCUCCGAAGAAAAUAUCAUACGAAGACAUGCCAGAAAGCUUCGCGACGAUGGACUAGCCUCGAUACUCGUGGCUUCUGAUCUAAAAGAAUAUAAAGUGAAAUUGGCGAGAUGGAACAUGGGGAAGAAUCCUCCAUACUUUUUGACUAGUGGGUGGAAUCAUGUGGUCAGCGAUUACCAGCUACAGACACACGAUAAGAUUUGCCUCUGGUCGUUCCACGUUGGUAAGACACUCUAUUUCGCUAUGGUUCCUACUUCGCAAACUGAGUCUGGCGAAUCGGGGCAGGAUGAGCUCUGCGUUAGUAAUCAAAGACAAAAUUAG